AUGGGUCGUUCCGGAAUAAAGACCGCACGGUCAUCGUCGUCGAUGUCUCGUUCGAAGCAACGCCGCCAAACGAUCAGCGGAAAAUCCCGCUCGCCACAGCUCAAGCUUAGGCUGAAGAAGAACAACAAACGCAGAACACUGCCUUCUAUCUCGAGUGAUGACUCAUCGAGUGAAGACAUGAAUUCUGGUCGUGAGGAUGAAGACGACGAAGACGGCGGGGACUCGAGUGAAGAUGAUGAUGAAGAUUCCACCCCAGCAGCAUUUGCCCCGUCUUAUGGUGGCAAGAAACGACUUGGCCAUAAGACGGGGCGUACUGGGGGGAUUUCUUUGUUGCAGGAUAGGAAGCUGAAGCGUCAGCAAGCUGCUGCUGACGAGGACGACGAAGACGAUGUACUUUCAGUCAGCUCCGUCAGCUCCGUUAGCCCUGGAGAAAUUGAUGAUUCUGACGACUCUGAUGAUUAUCAGGGCGUUGAUGAAGUGAGUGAUGGUGAAGAUGAAGAGUUGAUGUUAGAGAAAAUCGAAGAAGAGAUCAUUCUCGAGUCUGAAAAUGAAAGAUCUACUUUCACCAGGCUGGCUGGGAGUGUCAGUGGAGGAGACGAGUGGACAGGGCUGGAUGACCUUGAGCACCGCCCGUUCUACUCUGCUGGCUCUUUCUUCGAUGAUGAGCAUCUUCUCAUGCAGGCUGGAGGCCACAGUGAUCCCGUCGAUACAGGAUUGGCCAGUGAGGCGGCUGAGACCCCUGUUCAACGGCGAGUUCACUUCGAGACGGAUGACUCGUCCGACUCUGAUAAAUCUAGCGAUGAAGAUGAAUUGCUUCCGGACUUCUUGCAUCAGGAUCAACUUGAUCCUGAUCUACGACGUAUGAUCGAGACGGAUUCGACUCCCGGGCGAACACGAAGUUCCCAUGAUCUGUUUAUCAACAGUGACUUCUGUGAUUUGCCAUCUGGUAACAUUUAUCAUGUGGAGGAAUCCGAAAACUCGAUAGGAAGCUCGAGCGGUUACGAAUCUGAUGAUGGCGAAACCACUGAUGAGGAGGAUUACCUUCCUCUGGCUACCAUCACCCAUCCCAGGUCCCUUCUCCGCAGAGAGUCGAGUGCUUCGCUCUCCGGAGACGGAGAGGAAGGGAAGGCUGACUCUUGCCCCCCUCAACGAGGACCUCUGAGAGGAACCUUCAUUGCUGAUCCGCACAAACCCGUUGCUGUUGUUGCUCCCAACGGCAGGCAGCUAAUCCUCAUUCCUCCAUAUGCAUCUUCCCGCCAUGACUGGCUCGAAUCCGCUGCUGGUAGUCUAGUUAACACUGCCAACAACUCGCCCCGUACCGGUACGAUGAACAACAUCGAUGACAGUGAUACCGAUGCACUGGUAUCUCCUCGUCACACCGACAUGAGCCCUAUGCUAAGCUCCAACGCCAAUCUUAUGAUGAGCGCUCUGGGCAAUGACUCGGUAGGCCAGGUCAUGGGCCCUCCAGAGGCAUUCUAUCCUACCAACCGCUACUCGAUGGAUGCCAGUUACGAUGAAGAGGAGGAUGACAGCGAAGCCAUGCUUAACGUUAAUGACUUCAUCAACUUUGGCGACGGCUCGUCUGAUGACGAAGGCGACGACUUGGAUGAACCUACAUCUCCUGCUGCUGCAUCUACCAUCGGCUGUCUAACACCAACCCCCCGGCGCCCGUCCGGUACUGCCGCAGACAACGAUCAGACUCCCACUCAGGCAAGCAGUGCUGAGCGCCUUCUUAACCACCUUGAUCGCGGCAUUGUCACUGCGUUCCGUCGUAAUCAUAAUAGAUACCAGGCACUGAUCCGACUACCUCAUCACAAGGAGUUUUUACCCGCAAAUUCUCCAUCUCAGCCUGCUAGUGCCUUUAAACGCUCGAAUCCCCGCACUCCGACGAGGAAGAGACAGGCAAGCACAUACCUGAGCAGUGAGGCCGUCCGGCGAAAGCUGGUCGACUCACACCGCAGCAGGAGGAACACUGUUGCUUAUUGA